UCGAGUUUGAUCUGUUGUUCGUGGUGUAUUAACAACAGGUGUUUUAUUACAAUUUUUUUUAUUAUUAUUUCCAUUGAAUGGACAAUAACAUAUAAGUCAAGUUAUAAUAGACAUACACCUUAAAUGAAUGAUUUGAAUUUGAACAAAGUCUCAUAUAAUAAUUUUUGUGUUGUUGUGUCUGUCGCGCGGUUAAUUAGUUCAGUUGGAAAAAAAUAAGCGAAAUAAUAAGGUGCAAUAAGCUUGUUUUUCUUAUUAUGCAAAUUUGAUAUUGCAUCACAUUGAUUGUCAAAUUUUAUAAUUUAUUUCGUUUGAGUGAGAGUCGAAGUGAACGUGUUUAUGAAUAAAAGGUGUAUCCAAUUCUUACAAGAAUAAUUUCAUUUAUAGUUUAGUUGCGUGCUUUACAAACGGGAAUCUUACGGAAAAAUAAAUAAAUGAAAAAGGCAGUGUUAGUGUUCUAAUAUAGCAACAUAAAAAAAGGAUUAUUUACUGUGAUAGUUGGGUAUUUUCGUUGGAAUUCCUAAGGAUUAGUUACGUGACUUUCCGAUAGCAUCUCAAAUAAAUCAAACUACAGAUAACGCAUCAACACCGCAACAUCCUCAUCACCUACAAAUCUAAUCAGACUUCUUCCUUCCUCGAAAGCGUUCUGUGAAUAUUUUAAUGUGAACAAUUUACCAAUUUGCCACAAAUCGAUGCAAAGUAUGGUGAAUAAUGAUUGUAUGUUAUUCGUGUGUUGAAAACUUGCUCCGCUAAAACUCAAAGCUCAUAUUAACAGCAAUGUUCUGAGCAAAAAUAUUCACUUCAUUCACUCGCUGCUGAUCUAUUUGCACCCAUUACACCAUCAAUUUCAGGACAAGCAAAUAAUAUUAUUCAACGGAAAAAUGACUAUUUGGCUAUGGAUGCUGAUGGUACUACUAUUUUGUCAAUCUGUGCGCGGAAUAUUUGGGAAAACACAAUUUUGUGAAGUGGAAACUGGUCAAACCAAUAUUAUUCUUGAUAUUGAGGAAAGCCGCGGCAGUUAUGUUGGUCAACGAACAACACCGGCUGAAUUGCCUAUCUACGGCGAUCCGUACACGGAAAUUGCUUUAGAGUUAAUUUUCGCGAAAGAAAAUCCAAAUUUUUUGCUGAACGGAAAAACAUUACAGCUGCUAAAGCCACUUGAUCGAGAUCAAGAUAACUUAAGUCACAUCGUCUUUCAGAUAUCUUGUACGAUACGUUCAACACGAAUCAAACGAAGCAUUCCAAUUAUUGUUCGUGUAUCAGACGUAAAUGACAAUGCACCUGUGUUUAUCAAUACGCCAUACCAGACAACUGUACCAGAGUCAACUCCUGUUGGUACAACUAUUUUUCGAAAUAUCAAAGCGGAAGACAAAGAUGCUGGUGUUAAUGGAUUGGUGGAAUAUUUUAUCGUUGAAAGUCUUAACGGAACGAAAAGCGACGAUACGUUGACCUCGGCUGAUGGAUAUGGUACAUUUGCAAUAUCUUUUCCUCAUCAAGGACAGGUCACAGUUGUAAAAACAUUGGAUUACGAACGCAUUCAACGGUAUUAUCUAACGAUAGUUGCAUCGGAUCGAGCCAGAAAUUCCUCAGAACGUUUAUCCGCUACAACAACACUUACCGUAGAUAUUGCCGAUUCAGAUGACUUAGACCCGUCAUUCAUUUAUAGGGGUUGCAACUUGCUCGACGGAGCCUGUAUUAAUCCCGAGUACUCCGCUUCUGUUCCAUCCGGAUCACUACAAGGUGUUUUAUCCGUACAUCCAGAACGUAUACAGGCUGUUGAUCUCGACACAAUUAGUUCGCCAAUUCAAUACACAUUCCUGAGCGGAGUUCCGAACAACUACAAUUCAUUCUUUGAAAUCGAUGCGCAAACCGGAGUCUUGAAACAAAUCAAACCGGUGGAUACAACCGUGGCCAAACAAUUCGACAUUAUUGUGAAAGCUGAAGAGAUAUCGGAAUCGAAACGAUUCACCACAGCUAAAUUAACGAUCACAAUUAAACCAGUUGACGCUAAUCCACCGGUCAUUGUGGCUUCAGAAAUCGAAGGGUAUGUGGAUGAAAAUUCUCCCGUUGGAACGAAAGUGUACGAUUCGAAAAACAAUCCAAUUGUGUUAAUGGCUACGGACGCUGAUUUGACAGAAAACGACCCAAAACCGGAAUAUAUAUUCGAGCUGACCACGCCAUCAUUUACCGUAUCUAAAGACGGAAUGUUGUUGGUGAAUGAAGAAGGAUUGGAUCGAGAUGCGCCAAGUCCUGGGAUUUAUCGGUUCCAAGUUGUCGCACGAGAAGCUGUUAGUAAUGCUGCUAGCGCUCCACUUAGUAUGACUGUCAUCUUGAAGGAUGUCAACGAUAAUGCACCGAAGUUACCGAUGGUUUCACCGAUCACAAUUCCGGCUGGUGAUGGUCGCAGGUUUGUUACGAAAGUAACGGCAACCGACAAUGAUGCUGGCGAAAAUGCCAUUCCUGCUUACUCCAUCUUUCAUGUAUCCAACAACGGAGCCAAUAAGUUUACUAUCGACACAAAGACUGGUGAAAUUGAAACAAGAGGAAAAAUGAGUGCCGGAGAACAGUUUAGUAUAACCGUACAAGCAUCGGAUAUCGGUGGACUUUCAUCUCAAGCCAUUGUCGAAGUUACUGUUAGUCCUGGUCCGAACACAAAACCGCCGAAAUUCGUUAAGCCAGUGUACGAAGUGCAGGUUAGCGAAGGAGCUGAAAUCAAUUCCACUGUGGCUGUUGUGAAAGCAGAGGAUCCUGAAGACGAUCCAGUGAGAUAUAUUAUCACGUCGGGUAAUGAUCUGAGACAAUUUGCUGUCGGCCAAGACACGGGUGUGAUAAGUGUAAUACGAAAAUUGGAUAGGGAAGAUCUUACACGUUACCAACUGAUUAUCAGAGCGGAAGAUAGUGGUGGUCUAGCUAGUAGUGCUACUGUAAAUAUUAAAGUGACGGACAUCAAUGAUAAAAAUCCAGAAUUCGAUGAAAGCUCACUACCGUAUGUGUUUUCAAUUGAUGAGGGAAAGGCUGACGCUUUUGUGGGAACCGUUCAUGCAACAGACGCCGAUGACGGAGUGAAUGCCGAGAUAACAUAUUCGAUUCCAGUCGACAUUCCGUUCAAAAUUGACGGAAGAUCUGGAGAAAUCAGAACCAAGACUCAGUUGGACUACGAAACGCAAACGGAAUAUAAAUUUGUUGUAACUGCUAAGGACGGCGCACCUGAUGCUAGACUAGGAACAGCAAGUGUUACUGUACAUGUGAAAGACAUUCCUGAUGAGGUGCCAAUGUUCACGGAAUCGAUAAUUGAGACAUCUUUGCCUGAAAACGUUCCCGAUUAUUUACUGGCGACAGUGAGAGCUCACGAUCCAGAUACAGUAAAGGAAAUCACAUACACGUUGAAAAGAGGUCCCGGUGAUCUGUUUAAAGUGGACGCAAAAACUGGCCAAGUCAAAACAAUUCGUGGACUAGAUUUUGAGAAGGAAAAGGAGCACGAAUUAAUUAUCGGCACUCUGGAGAACAAAGGCAAUGAAGUCGGUGACUACAUAAAGAUCGUAGUGGAAGUUGAAGAUCGAAAUGAUAUUCCGCCGGUGUUCGUAUCCGUACCUGAACCGGUUACGGUCAGCGACGAUCAGCCAAUCGGUGCAUUUGUUGGUUCGAUGCGGGCAGUUGAUGGUGAUGGUUCGUCACCUGGUAAUGUUGUGCGAUACGAAAUGGUCGGCAGAGGAAAAUCAUUGAAAUAUUUCCAAGUUGACCCAGACAGCGGCGAUGUUAGAAUACGAGAUGAACUUCGAAAGGAAGAGGACACCGAAUAUCAAGUCGACAUUAGAGCGUAUGAUUUGGGCGAACCUCAACUUAGCUCUGUGGCUACGUUACCUGUUUUUGUCAGGCAUCUACUCACUGAUCCCAAUGCCGAUAUGAUGGAAGCAUCUGUCGACAAUGGGGUGAUACGAAAUCCAGAAAUGGUUGGAUUGGCAUUUAGCGAUGAUAGUUACACAACAAGUGUACCGGAAACGACUGGAAUCAAUGCUACCAUUAAGCUGAUUCAAAUAAUAAACUCAAAGAAAGCGUCCAAGAUUAAUCCAGGCUUCAAAUGCGAAAUUCUCAAAGGCAACAGCGACGGAAUGUUUAGAAUUACCUUGGAAGAUCACGCUUGUGGUAUCACCUUGGCCAGUAGCUUAGAUUACGAAACGAAAACUUCGUAUGACUUGGAGGUACGACUAGUGUCGAGCAAAUAUUUUGUGAAUCCUCACAAGAGUUCGGCCAAAGUUAAGAUUAUCGUCCAAGACGAAAACGACAACGAACCGAAAUUCGUGUUCGAUCGGCAAGCCCAAGGACGAAUGAACACCUAUUAUGCGGUAAUCAGUUCGGAUGCUGAAUUGGAUACCCCAGUCCUACAAAUAAAAGCCGAAGAUCGAGAUUCAGGAAAGUAUGGCAUGAUAAAGUAUCGAAUCUACGACGAAGACAGUAAUGAUAUUUCGAGCGAUAAAUUGCCAAGCAAUUACUUUGCUAUCGUUGAAGAUUCGGGGAUAUUGAAGACGCAGAAAAGUUUGAAAGAUGUACGUGACCUUCCACUGCGCUUCAUGGUGGAAGCUUUCGAUAACAAUGGCACGAACGACAAUUCGCACCGAACACGGGCUCGUGUCGUUGUUAACUUAAUAGCCGACAUUAAUCGAAUGUCGUUAGUAUUUUCCGAUUCCACGCCGAAAGAGAUUCGGAAGCAUUACAGAGAGUUGGAAGAGCUGAUAUCCGAUAAAUCAAAUGGUUAUAUUACCGGCAUUGAACGCACUAGUAAUCGGAAGUAUCUAAACGAUAACGGAACAAUUACUGAAAAUGCUAGUGCAACCGAUGUGUGGUUUUAUAUCAUCGAUCCAAAAUCGGAGAAAAUCCUUCCCCGCAAUGCAUCGGUAGUUAUGUCCAAAAUUCUCGAGCCAGCCGCUCAGUCCGAAAUCAACUUUGAGGCAUCGGGUAUAGCACGGGCCACAGCACAAGGAAUCUAUGCACCGGUCGUAGCUAGAGAAGCGGUCCACAAAGUGAAAGCUGCAAUUGCCAUAAAUGAUGAUGCAAUUUUCCCUUACACGCUCAUCGCGAUCGCCGUCAUUAUACUAGUUCUUGGAACGAUUGGCAUUAUUUACAUCUGCCUGUCAUGGUCAAAGUACAAGAAUUUCAAGCAACGUAUGCGCCAGUAUUCAGCUCCAUCGAGUCCGACCCGAUACGAUCCGGUUAUUGUUGGAUCGCAAAAUGGUGAUACGGCCAGUACGCUAAAAGAGUAUGAGACACAAGUUUUAGCUAUGGCUGUUCCGAACGACGAAAAUGAUGAUUUGCAAAUCGAUUUCAGUGCGAAAAAUCAUGCCUUCAGCUUGGACAAUGUGAGCUAUAUCACUCACAAGGAAAAUGGUCAAAUAAGUCCAUCGAAUUCGGAAGCAACUACUGCAGUCAUAACCACCCUUCGUCGCAACAAUAACAACAACAAUGUUAAUUUAACGCACAACAACAAUCGUCAGAACACCUUCAAUCGCACAUUAGAAAUGAAUCGAAACAAUGCUAAUCCAUUGGCCAUCGGAAGUACCGGUACACUUCCUGGAACAUUAACGUUAGGUAGAAUAAAAGCGGAUAGAAAUAACUAUCAGAACGGUUACAACCAAGACACAUUAGGUAGAAACAAUUUGCAGAUGUCUCAGAAUAAUACGUUCAACACAUUGGGACGGAACGGAAAUGUAUUCCAGAGGAAUUCAGCGCAGAACGAUUUGUCCACCAGCACAUUGGGACGUAACAACCGGUUUUCCGAUGUUCCCAUUACGAAUCCACUGUUUCAACAACGCCAAAACGGUGAUAGCCUAUACAAUCACAACCAUUCCAGUGUCAAUGAGAACGUAACGUUCGGCAAAAGAGAUUACUCCCAGCUGGGAUUCGCUUAUCUCAAUGAUUUGGAUCGAUCGGAGGUGGAAACGACAACUGAAUUGUAAUAAAAUGCUGAUUCACUCUGUGUGACGUCAUCAUAUUAGAUUAAGCACGACGUAGUUAAGUAAACACAGUCAGGAGCGUUGCAUUUUCGGAAGGUCAAAUUAGGGACCUAGACGUAAGUAGUUGACUUUAUAGAAUGAACGCAAUGAAUUUCAAGUGAGAGUAAAUUUGGAUCAUGGUAAGUUCCUGCCUGUGUUCACUUUACUAUGUCGUGGAUAGAGCAUAGUCGUUGAGCGGUAACAAUUUGAUUUUGAUGCGACGAAAUGCAUUAAUCCACAGAAAAUAUAGUUUGCACACCCAGACGUUGUAUUUAUUUUCGGUUUCUAUUUUGUACCAUGUGGGACUGUAGACUGAGUAAUCAGCAAAGUUAACAAUUUUCAUACCGCACCUUCCUAUUUCAAGUCAAGUUCAUUGUUACAGUACAAUGAAAGUAUGCGGACGAAAUGUUUGUGAAAGAAAUUAUUUGUUAACAGCAAACAAUUUUGUGAUAUUUUGAAUGUUUGCUGUUGGUUAGGGAAGGGAGUCAGUCCGAUUUUUUUUAUUGCUUUGCUUUUCAACGUUAUGGAGUUCCGAAGGGUAAUUUAAACAGAAAUAAUUCUUAAAAAAUUUGUUAAAGUCCUAACUUUCUCGCAACUUUUUUUUUGUAGAAAAUUCUGGAAGUUUUAGAAUUUUUUGUGAAAGUUUCAAUCGUAUUUAACAUGGUAUUUGAUCAUGAGACUAGGAAUCCCCCUAGCCAAACGCUUGACGUGUGUAAACAGUUUGUGCAAAUCACUUUUGACAUUUGAGUUCAAUAUACGUAGAAUGAAGGCAACUGUACUCAAAAUAUGCGCAGAAUGUGAAUCUGAAUUUGGAUAAUUAAAAUUGAAUAUUUCCAAGUUUAAUAAAAAUUUAAAGUUCUCCGAACGUGUCAGUCAAAAUACGUGAACGUUCCGUGUUGCAUUAAAAUGUGAACGAACUGGCCAUAUGGAUAUUUUUGUAUAGUUACACCAUUUUGAAUUCUUGUAAACGCACCAUAUAGACUAUUUUCAAUGAUUUUUACAUGCUUUUGUUUUCCCUAGGGUCGAAAGUGGCCUAUUACACACCUAGGGAAAACAAGAAAUUUGGAUUAGGUUACAAAAGCAUGUACAAUCCAUUACAUAACUCGGGAUAAAAGUUGAAACGUCUCGUUUUCGUGUGUUUAUUGACCUCGGCUUUGCCUCGGAUCAACAACAUUCGCA